AUGACCAUGGACAAGCCACGCAAAUGGCUGACGACUAUCGCCGAUGAGAUCGGUUUGCUUCAUCUCAUUCACUCCCCGCUCGACGUCAAGAUACUCUGCUUCCAAAGGACCGUCCGCUUCCUCGCCUAUGGCUCUACCACGCUCAUUCUGGUUCUCUUUCUGCGCGCUCUCGACAUCUCAGAAGAACGCAUAGGCCUGUUCAUGACGUUGACGCUGUUCGGCGAUGUCUUCGUAUCGCUCAUAUUGACGGUGAUUGCGGAUGGGCUUGGUCGGCGGCGGACGCUUGCGAUGGGUGCGCUUCUGAUGGCUGGGUCUGGAGUUGUCUUUGCGCUGAGCAGUAACUACUGGAUCUUAUUGCUCGCGGCUGUACUAGGUGUGAUCAGUCCUAGUGGGAACGAGAUCGGCCCAUUUCGAGCAGUCGAAGAGAGCACUAUCUCUGCACUCACGGGUCGCGAAGAGCGCACAGGAAUCCUCGCGUGGUACACCGUGUUCGGGUAUUCAGGCGCUUCCUUGGGAGUGCUGGUGGGAGGCUGGGUGCUGAGGCUGGUUCAGAAAACGCAGGACUGGGAUGCGCUGGACAGCUAUCGCUUGGUGUUCUGGGCGUAUGCUGUGCUUGGACUGACCAAGUUUGCUUUGUGCUUGCUCUUGAGCAACGCGUGUGAGCCAGAACGGAAGGAGACCGUGUCCGGUGACGCACGCCGGCCGCUGCUUGCGGGGCAGGAGGAGAACGUUGCGGUCCCUAUUCCAAAUGACAGACCACACCUGGAGGACUCUGAUGAAGAGCCGAAAGAGAGCUUGUUCUCGAAGCUGACUCCUAAUAUUUCCCAGCAGUCGGCUUCACUACUAUGGAAGUUGUGUUUGCUCUUCGCCAUGGACUCCAUUGCAUCCGGACUCACUCCCGCGUCCUGGGUGACUUAUUUCUUCUCGCAGAAAUUUGGUUUACGAGAAGACCAGCUCGGAACUCUGUUCUUUGUGGCGAACGUUCUCUCUGUCUUCUCGAACUUUGCGGCCGCUCCUCUGGCUAGACGUAUCGGUUUGAUCAAGACAAUGGUGUUCACUCACGUACCGGCUUCGAUUGCUCUGGCUUUGAUCCCGGUGCCGAAUAGUCUGGUACUCGCGAUUGGACUACUGGCUGUUCGCUACUGCCUCAACAGCAUGGACCAAGCGCCUAGGCAAGCUUUUCUCGCUGCAGCUGUGCAGCCUGAGGAGAGGACUGCCGUGAUGGGUACGGUCAACGUUGUGAAGACUCUUUCGCAGAGUGUCGGUCCACUUGUGACUGGAGCUUUGGCAGGAAGGUCGUUAUUCUGGGUCUCUUUCAUCAUGGCGGGAUCCUUGAAAUUACUCUAUGAUGUACUAAUGCUUGGCUUGUUCCUGGGAUACAGGACAGUUGAAGAAAGGGCCGAGGAAACACUGGAGGCAAGUGCAAAUGAGGAGGAGGGUGCGCCUGCACCAUCACGGUAG